CGUUUGCCCUCUACUUGACCUUUUUUUUGUCCCCUGCUUGGCCUCCCCUGCAGCAGAAACACCUGUGAACUCCCCCGGAUGAAGCCUUGAACCCUGAACGCCUUGCAGAAAAUGCGGAUGGAAAGCUUGUUGCGGCUCCAUGAUCGAUCUCAGGAGCUGAGGUCUCUGUCUGAGCAAUUCCGGAGAAUGCUGAUUGAACCUGUUUUUUGUGUUGUUUUGAGUACUUCGCAACGCAGUCGAUUGCUUAUACGAAGAAUGAAGCAAGGGCAGCACUCGAGUAAAUCACGGCUCUGCGCAGUGAGAAACACAAACCUUGGCCCCAGAGGCACUUUUUUUGUCCUUUUUUCUUUUUUCUGUGGUGGUCGCGGAGUAAGCCACGCAUUAGGCAGCCGCUGGCAUCAGCAUCCUAUCAAGUGAAGCAGUCAGACUGCUCAUCGAACCCGAAGGGGACUCUGUACAUGGAUACCUUCACCGCCGCUGAGAGCAAGAUGGAUUAGAAUCAUGCCGUACCGUAUGAGGUGAUCAAGUCUUGACACCGUUAGAAGCAUCCU